GUUGUCUUCUAGUUCUGUAGUCAGCCAACAGUCUGUCUCUACUUAUCUGUCAAACAGUAUUAAAGGCAAUGAAACGACAAUUGGGUCCGAGAUUUGUCUCAUGUCUGACCACGAGUUCGAUGGAUGCAAUGGUCAGGCGAAUGAGCCCUGGCUUAUAGACUUACAGCAACUGAAACUCGGAAAAGUGAUCGGAAUGGGGUGUUAUGGGGAGGUCCUGAAGGCCACACUUACACACUGUGCCGGACUCAAGGAGGAAGUGGUGGCCGUAAAGCGCAUUAAAACCGUCCCUUCCGACAGUCAAUUACGAGAUAUGAAGCGUGAGAUUGAAAUCAUGAAGAAAUUGAGUCAUAAGAAUAUCGUCGAAAUUAAAGGAUUUGUUGAGGACUUAACGGAUGCGCAGACAAUGUUAGUCAUGGAGUACGUAGAGUUGGGUUCAUUAGUGGCUUAUUUGCGUGGAAACCGGUCCAAUAAAACGGUUAUACCUUUAGCCAAGUUUGCGAUUGACAUAAACCUUGGGAUGGAGUACUUGGAGAGCAAGUCUAUAGUGCACAGGGAUCUGGCGGCCCGUAAUAUUCUAGUUGGCUCUGAGACUCAGGUCAAGAUCUCUGACUUC